GGGCGCGGGCGUGCGAUGGAAACGCACAUCUCGUGCCUGUUCCCCGAGCUGCUGGCCAUGAUCUUCGGGUACCUGGAGGUGCGGGACAAGGGCCGGGCGGCGCAGGUGUGCACGGCCUGGCGGGACGCCGCCUACCACCGCUCGGUCUGGCGGGGCGUGGAGGCCAAGCUGCACCUGCGCCGCGCCAACCCCUCGCUCUUCCCCAGCCUGGCGGCGCGGGGCAUCCGGCGGGUGCAGAUCCUGUCGCUGCGGCGCAGCCUGAGCUACGUGAUCCAGGGCAUGGCGGACAUCGAGAGCCUCAACCUCAGCGGCUGCUACAACCUCACCGACAACGGGCUGGGCCACGCCUUCGUGGCGGAGAUCAGCUCCCUGCGCUCGCUCAACCUGAGCCUCUGCAAGCAGAUCACGGACAGCAGCCUGGGCCGCAUCGCCCAGUACCUCAAGGGCCUGGAGGUGCUCGAGCUGGGGGGCUGCAGCAACAUCACCAACACCGGCCUCCUCCUCAUCGCCUGGGGCCUGCAGCGCCUCAAGAGCCUCAACCUGCGCUCCUGCCGGCACCUCUCCGACGUGGGCAUCGGGCACCUGGCGGGCAUGACGCGCAGCGCGGCCGAGGGCUGCCUGGGCCUGGAGCAGCUCACGCUGCAGGACUGCCAGAAGCUCAGCGACCUCUCGCUCAAGCACCUGGCCCGCGGGCUGGGCCGCCUCCGCCAGCUCAACCUCAGCUUCUGCGGGGGCAUCUCGGACGCGGGGCUGCUGCACCUGUCGCACAUGAGCAGCCUGCGCAGCCUCAACCUGCGCUCCUGCGACAACAUCAGUGACACGGGCAUCAUGCAUCUGGCCAUGGGCAGCCUGCGGCUGUCCGGCCUCGACGUCUCCUUCUGCGACAAGGUGGGGGACCAGAGCCUAGCCUAUAUCGCACAGGGCCUGGACGGGCUGCGCUCCCUCUCCCUCUGCUCCUGCCACAUUAGCGACGAGGGCAUCAACCGCAUGGUGCGACAGAUGCACGGGCUCCGCACCCUCAACAUCGGCCAGUGCGUCCGCAUCACUGACAAGGGCCUGGAGCUCAUCGCCGAACACCUCAGCCAGCUCACGGGCAUCGAUCUCUACGGCUGCACCCGCAUUACCAAGCGGGGCUUGGAGCGCAUCACCCAGCUGCCCUGCCUCAAGGUGCUCAACCUGGGACUUUGGGAAAUGACUGAGAGCGAGAAGGUCAGGUGAGAGGAGGGGGGCGCCCCGAGACCUCCAUCUGCUCUGGAGGGACUCACUCACUGACUGACUGACUGCUGCAAUGGAGGAGAGAAAGAGAGAGAGGGGCACGCACAGAGCCAUGCUACCCACGCACCCUGGCACCGGAGGGAGGAGCGUAGAGAAAGAGAGUAUAUCCUCGACCCUUCUGUGCUGCCUACCUACCCUUGCUCUGGAGGAGGAGGAGGAGGAGGAGGAAGGGGGGCAGGAGGAGAGAGAGAAAGCACCUAUCCUUUUUCCAGGUCAUGCCUCCAGCUCCAUGCUGGGGAGACAGAGCUCCCCCUUCCCCCACAGCAUCCUUCCCUGCGGAAGAGGUAGAAGCCCACACUCUUAUGCACUGGGGCUACAGACACCCCUCUUUAUCCCCACUCCCUCAUUCCAUCCCCUCAUGCACUAAGGAUGGAUAAAGAAAGACCCUUGUUCUGCCAUGAAUUCAGAAUAGAUUAUUUUUGGUUUAUAUAAAGGAGAGUGGGAAUGGAGAUGGGAACAAACAAUAACAACAGCAGAAAAGGCUUCCUAGCUACACUUAUGUACCCGGCCACCCAGUUAUCCUGCGCUGGGCACAGAUACAGCUUUUGGUAAAAUAACCAUUCCACCUCUGCGCUUGCCCCUCCCCUGUCAACUAGGAAUUGUGACAGAAAUAUUGCUCCCUAGGUACAUUGAUUUUUUUUCUUUUUUUUUUUUUUUUUUAAAUCUGUUUUCAAUCUCCAGUUCCAUGUUAUUCUUUGCUGUGGGCGGAUACAACCUCCCACUAUUCCAGUUCUCCACUGCACUGAGACUGGGGAUAGCUACAGCCUCUCCUGUCAGUAUGUUUCCAUGUCAUCCUGCACUAUGGUUAAUGGAAAAGCCUAGGCACUCCAUUCUCUCUCCCCAUCUCUCUACUGGAGAUGAAGAUACCAUUUCCUCCUCCUCACGUCUCUGUGGGGACUGGACACGGACCCCAGUCUCUUAGGCCUUCCCGUGCCGUGGGGGACACUGAGAGUUACCGAGACUCGUCUUCCCUUUCAUCAUUCUCUCUUUUUCUCCCCUCCUUCUUCUUGGCAACAGGGACAGACAUAUCCAGCUACAUAUCCAUUCCUCUUUGGGUCGAGGGUGAGCGGGUAGAAGGGGUGGCUAGCUCCCCUCUACCCAGGGGACUUGAGGAAGAAUCUCCAGCUUCAUUUCUGCUUCAUUUGAGAUACUGUGACCUGUUUUUAUUUUGAAAUGCAUAAAAAAAAUUACUGCUACAAAAACAGCCUCUUACUCUCCCAUCUAUCCCUUGCUUAUGUCCUGUAACUGAUCCCAGUUUUCCUCACUCAUUUUCCUCUUUACAGUAUUCAUUUUCUUACAUGGUUUUAUUUUAAAAGACAUUUGAAGUUGCUGUUCUUGUGGAUUUUUAAGUACAUUUUUUUUCUGCUGAAUAUAUUCUAUAUAUAUAAAUAUAUAUAUGAUGUCUGGCUA